AGUUUACAAUUGAAUGAUAACAGCUGAUUCAGCUGUCAGAAUUUGCAACAAUAAUAUGUAAAGUCAUGAAAAACAUUUAUUACACCAUAAAUCAGCUACAAAAUUGCGCCAAAAAAGCGGUAUAUCAAUAGGAACAAAAAUGGCAAACGUUUCCGGCAAUGCGGGCGGUCACAAUUUCAAAGUAGUGCUGCUAGGCGAAGGCUGUGUGGGAAAAACAAGUCUAUUGUUGCGAUAUAUAGAGGAUAAGUUUAACGCUAGGCAUAUUAGUACAAAUCAGGCUUCAUUUUUAGCUAAGAAAUUAAAUAUCGAGGGGAAACGUGUAAAUUUAUCCAUUUGGGAUACGGCGGGACAGGAGAAAUUCCACGCUCUAGGACCUAUAUAUUAUCGAUCGUCGAACGGAGCAGUUUUAGUUUACGAUAUAACUGACGUAGAUUCAUUUCAACGCAUUAAAAGUUGGGUGAAAGAAUUGAGGAAAAUAUUAGGUACGGAUGUGUGUCUGGUGAUUGUUGGAAAUAAGACUGAUCUUGAGAAGGAUAGAAAUGUUGACAUUGAAGAAGCCGAAGAGUAUGCCAAAAAGGUAGGCGCGACACAUUUCGAAACGUCCGCUAAACAGAACACGGGGAUCGAAGAGAUGUUUCUUUCGUUGACCCAACAGAUGUUAGACAGAGUAUGCGAACAGGAACAGCAAAAUAGCACACUAAAUAGGCAGAACUCGCAGAGACGAAAUGUUCUCGUUGUCGAAGAUGAUGAAGCCCCGCCUCUACCGACCAAACAUUGUUGUGGAAACUCCUAAAGAACACUCGCGUGCGUGAAAAACUUAUAAUCAUAACCAAAUUGUGUUUUUUUGUUAUUAAUAUAUUGAAGGACGUAUAGCACUUCUUUGUAAAUGUAUAACGUAUACGUUACUCGCUUAUUAUUGUCAUAACUAUUAAAUAUAAAUUAUAAUAAUUGUUAAAAAAUGUACAGGAGUGAAAUUUCGUUUGUGUUACACACCAAUAUUCAUUAUUUAGUUUAAGACCCUUUUAAUGAUGCCAUUGCAGUUUUCAUUGCUUUGUUAUAAGUUGAUUUAUCGAGGUUGGUUACGAUUACAUAAUACAAAAAUGUUACACGAAUAAAGAAUGUUCUCUAAUUUAUAAAUAUAUUUUCUUCAAUUA